UGUUUCUCUGUGCAGAGUGUGAUCUCAGAGGAGUCACAGGAGAACAAAUACAAAGAGAAACCUCAGAGGUCGCUGAAGAGUCACUUCAUGACACAAGAAGAGCAGAAGAAGAAACCGAGCGCUGAGGCGGCGCUGCUUGAAAAUCUGAAACCUGAUGAGCAGAGCGAGCAGCGUCCGGCCGACCGGCUCCGGGGCCUCCGGCUGCACUGCUGGGUUCUGGUUCUGUCAGGGAGUCGCAGCGUCCAGGAGAACUUCUUCAUCGAGCCGCUGACCGGCGCCCGCCACAGCACCGGCUCCGCCCACUUCCUGGGCAUCGAGAGCGUGUGGAACAACCACAACUACUACGUCAACAUGCAGGACUGCAGGAGCGGCUGCAGCGAUCUGGGGUUUGACCUGGAGGACGUGAACAUGUGGGAGCCGCUCCUGUUCGGAGCAACGAGCAAAAAGCAGCUGAUUCAUGAGGCCUCAAAUAAGAAGCUGUACAAGAUGACCCCGGAUGAGGAGCUGGAGGAGCUGGAGGAGCAGGCUUUCGAGAUGCCCAGAUCCUGGGUCAGUGAUAUCAGCAUCACGAAAAAAGACCUGGAGACUCGCUGGCCGGGAGGACCCAAGCUGACUCGCUACAGGAAAGCAGAGGUGGAGAGGUUCGCUCCGUACCUGAGGCCGAACGGUCUGACCACACGACUGGUUUCACACAAAGACCUGGACUGCACUGAGGUCCUCAUGGUGAAGGAGUGGUAUCAGCACAGAACCGACCACCUGGAGGAGCGAGAGGUCAACGAGGUCGACAACGUGACGACAGAACGAUUCAGACGUGGACGACCUUUCGACCUCUUGUUUCACAGGUUCGAGUCCCUGACCACGGAGGGCGUGCACGAGAUGAAGUUCUGCAGCAUUCGUGUGGACAACCUGGUGCAGAGGCUGGUGUCCCCGGGGGAAAUGACGGAGACCUUCCAGCGCCGCGCCGACUCCCUCUACUACAGGCGAGUCCACUUCGGCCGACACGUCCAGUUCUCAGGAGAACACGUGAACUCUGAACCGGCCACACGCCUGAUCCAGGUGGUGGAGCGUUUCCACAGGGACAGUUCCAAACCGGCCAAUCAGGACGUGGCGGAGCGCGUCUUCCUGUUGGCGCAGAGACGCAUCGAGGUGACGUAUCAUCUGGACGCCGACACCUUCAUCCCAUCGCACCGGAGCUUCAUCAAACCACGAGAGGCCACGGAGCAGAAGAAGGCUGAGGACUUCACCCAGGACAUGGUGUCCAGCUUCAUGGUGGGCCUCUCCGAUACGCCUGUUAAGACCCUGACUCUGUACGAGAUGCUGGUUUCUCUGAUGGAGGAUGAAGAGAUGGUUGUUCAUCAGAUUGAAGAAUCUCUGAAGGAGGUGAGAGACAUCGUGUCGUGCAGAGAGGAAGAGGAGGGAGACGUUCAGCUCUUCUUCUGUCCCUGGACCACGACAGGAGCUGCCAGGGCCCGCAGCAAGAGACAGGACAUGGAGCGUCAGGCUGCAGAGGAGCAGAGCUGGCUUCAUGAGAAUGAGAAGGACAUCCUGGCUCCGCUCCUCAUGAGACUCGACCUCUCAGACCCUCUGAGCGCUGAGGACGCCAGGCAGCUCCACCAGGAGUGUCUGUCAGAGUUCAAGCAGAAGCUGGUGGAGGACGCCAACCUGAUCCAGGAGCGCUACCAAAAGGAGACGCAGCAGCUGCAGAGGAAACAACAGUGGUACCAGCAGAACCAGCUGGACAUGACGGAGCACCAGGAGGACGAAUACCAGACCUACUGCUCCGACAGAACUCUCCAGAUACGUGUCGCCAUGAGACGGCUCAAAAUGCACCAGGAAGAAGCUCCUCUAAAGUAUCAAGCUCUCGACGAGAGGCUGAGAGAAGACCCUCGAUUGGCUCCUCACCUGCUCAGCUGAGCCAAUCAGCAGCCUCCGCUCCAAAUAACUAUCAGAUUAUUUCAUUAAACCUUACAGCGAUUUCAGUCACAUAUAUUUUUUUCCCAUACUUGUAUCUGGUCAAUGUGACCUUUGACCCCUGACCACUAAAGCCUAGUCAGUUCAUUCCUGAGUCCAUGUGAACGUUUGUAUGGAAUUUGUGAAUUUGAAGAAUUUCUCUCUGAGAUUUGUUGAAACUUCAACUUUCCAAGAAUGUGACGGACAGAUAGAAAACCUGAAAUCAUAACUCCUCCCUCCAAAGACAAAUCAAAGUGAUGAACAUUAUUAAUUAUUUUAAUCACAAUAAAAUAUUCAGCACAUUAACUCAGAAAACAGCCUGCAGCUCAUUUCUCUUUUGUAAAGUACAUUGUCCUGUGUAGUAUUUAAACCUAAUGAAAUACUACUGAUAAAAUACUGUGAAGUAUUAAAACCUAAUGAAAUACUACUGAUAAAACACUGUGUAGUAUUUAAACCUAAUGAAAUACUCCUGAUAAAACACUGUGUAGUAUUUAAACCUAAUGAAAUACUACUGAUAAAACACUGUGUAGUAUUUAAAUCUGAAUGGAACUAAAACCAACUAAUAAAACAGUAUGUCUUAUGUGUCCAGGGAUUAUAAUAUUUACAAUGAUGAUAAUAAUCAUGGGGGAAACACCACCUUGUUUCUACAGUGGCCCUGGAUGGACAAACCAGUGUUCAUGUUUUCUACGUUAACUGAACAUCGUCGAUUCUCCUAAUUUCUCCUUCCCACUAAACCCAUCCAGAGAGACGGGUGCUACCAUCAGCAUCACUCCACUUUGACUCAACAUCCUUACACCCGACGUCUCGGAUCCUUGUUUCAAACCCAGACCUUCUCCAGACACUUUCCAGGACUCAUGCAGGACAUCGUUGAAGUCAUGUGGCCGAGCUGGCUGGUGAGUCCCGGCUCUUCAUCGUGAAGAUAAGUCCUGAACUGUCACGUCUCCAUUAGUUUGUUCUCCAUCUUGAUUAAUACACAGCACAAAUCACAUUCAUGUUGUUUUAUGAGAUCUGUUUUCGUUCUCUCUUUUCGUAACGACAAAAUAAAAAGUUGAGAAAAGUGCUGGACGAGAUUCACACAGAUCAUGUGACCUACUGAGUAAACACUGUGUGAGAUGGUGACACUGGAAUCAAAGGUCAGAUCAAAACUAUGAAGAUAGUUUCUCUUCUAAUGAAAAAGAUCAAAACUCUGUUUCUGUUUCAUAGUUUUUAUUAUUUUGAUCACAAUAUUAAAAUCACAUCACUCGGCUGCUGUUGAAUAAACACUUUUACAGACAGAAUCAUUUUGGCUUCAUCACAUCAAACAGACAAAUGUUCAUACAUGUUGGAUUAUUUCACAUGUGAACAGACUUUAUGUGAUUAAACAAGAAUCAUGUCUCAUGUGUGAGUUUUAAUAAAGUUUGUUGAAUGUGAACAAUGA